AAGCAAAAAGCUCCAACGAAGCAGCAGAGAUGGCGAAAACGUACGACUAUCUGUUCAAACUUUUACUUAUCGGCGAUUCCGGCGUUGGCAAAACCUGCAUACUGUUCCGCUUCUCGGAGGAUGCCUUCAAUACCACAUUCAUCAGUACAAUCGGUAUCGAUUUCAAAAUUAGGACUAUCGAUCUUGACGGGAAAAAGAUAAAGCUGCAAAUAUGGGACACAGCGGGGCAGGAACGAUUCCGCACAAUCACGACAGCCUAUUACCGGGGAGCGAUGGGCAUCAUGCUGGUAUACGACAUCACACAGGAAAAAUCGUUCGAAAACAUCAAAAACUGGAUCCGAAACAUUGAGGAGAAUGCCGCAGCCGACGUAGAAAAGAUGUUGCUCGGCAAUAAGUGUGAGCUUAAUGAAAAAAGACAGGUUACCCGGGUGCGAGGUGAACAGCUAGCAGUUGAAUAUGGAAUUAAAUUUAUGGAAACUUCGGCAAAGGCGAGCAUCAACGUGGACGAUGCAUUUUUCACACUAGCCCGCGACAUUAAAUGCAAAAUGGAGAAGCGGAUGGAAGCAAACAAUCCACCGAAAGGUGGCCAUCAGCUCAAGCCGCAGGUCGAACCGCGGAAGGCACCGAGUUGGCUAUCGAAGUGCAAUCUGUUUUGACCUUGUAGUCCUACUAUUAAUAAUUAUUAUUUUUUUAUAUAACACACUAAAUAAUAA